UAGAAAAGUCUAUGCGCGUUUGUCUUUUCUUAUUUCUAUUAACCUUUAUAUCGUCUUCGUUUCAAUUUAUCACUUACAUCCCCAAAUUGGAGAGCGUUUCUCUGUAAAUUAAAACAAUGGAAGAGAGUUUCAGGGUUCGGGUCGACAAGGUAUUCGGAUCGCUCACAUCACCAGCCACCAAUGCGCCGCCGUCGUCGUUGGCGUCCCCCCCGCCUCCUCUAUGGUGUUUGUCCGAUGAAGAGAUUGAGAAGAAAGAAUGGAACAGAGACUCCAAAACCACCGCCCCUCUCCAUACUGUCCCUCUUGACCGGCCUUCUUAUUCCGGCCAACUCCCAGAUGACGACGAUGACGAUGACGACGAUGACGAUGACGACGAAGACGAACCGGACGAUGACGAAAUCGAAGCCGGUGCCGGAAAUAAGAUGGCGAAGAUGCAAAAUAUGAAUGAUGAAGGGUGGGAAAUUCGGGCCUCCAUGGGUUUAGACAGCACUCUGGACAAUGAGGAAGAAGAGGAUGAAUUUGAUAAACUGGCUGUAGGCAGCAGCAGGGGAAAGAUGAAGAAUGAUGAUCGGAUUUAUAUGAAGGAUUUGAUUGAUGCAGAAGAAAUUGGUGUGAAUUAUCAUAAUCCGCUGCCGACUAAAAUCAAACACCUGACGUGCAGAGAUCCUCGGGCCAACCAUGUUGCUGCUAUACUUAGACUCAGAGAAGACACAGAGUCCGCUUCUCAUCUGCUCAAAACUUUAAACAUUUCAGAGCUGAUUCCUCCUCCUGAACCCAUUGUGAAGAAGAGGGAUAGCCUUCCUGAUUGCGAUUCCUCGAAACGGGUUCGUUUCGACGGAGAAGAAGAAUCUUCAUCGCCAGCUAAAGAUGGUUCUGCUGCUGAGGAAUUGGAAGGAUCGAAAAAUGUUGUCGUUCCAGAUUACUUGAGGAACCCGGCUAGGUAUACCCGAUAUACUCUAGAUUCGUGCGAUGAUAUGGAUGAAGCUUCUAACAGGAAGGCCUACCUGGACUUCCUUAAUCUGCUGAACAAACAGAAAUCGACAACAGAUGAUUCAAACGAGGCGGCAACUGAAAGUUUUGGUCAGGCAGUGACAUUUAAUGCAAGAAAGAAAGCGCAAAGGUGUGCUAGUUCAUUGAUUAAGGAGGAGGGUGAUGAUGUCAAGGACAAGAAGGCUUUUUGUGUCAGUGUUGCUAGAAGUUGUGAUAAUGAUGAUAAUUAUCUGGAUGAUGAUGAUGAUGACGAAGCUAUAGAGGACUCUGUUGAUAAGAGCUCCCUGAAGAAACCAACAGCUGCAGGCAGGCGUUACCGGGCUAGAACCGACAUGGAUUCUGAUGAUGUCUAAUUCGAUUUAAAUUAUAUUGUGAGCUUUGGGGCUAUCAUCAGCUAUGUACUCAUGACGUUGUUCUAGACUUCUUGUUCUGUAGGUUUUACAUAUCUGGUGACCGAAUUGAUUAAAGCUUUUUGUUUUUCUUUUGUACUGUUUCAGUCCGAACAUGACAUUGUGCUUAAACGUAGUGCUUCUGAUUGUUUAGUUUGAUGGUGCAACUGAGCUGUAAUUCUUUGGGGGUAGAGGUGUUGUCACUGCACAAUAUAGUCAUUAGUAACAAAUUCAUUUAGGGGGAAUUGUAUGCUAAGUGUUUGAUUUUUUGUCUAUAAAACAGUUAAAUAAGCUUUCUUUCAUUUAGGGG